CGCUCGCUCGCUCGCUUUUAAUCGCACAUUGAACAAACAUUCAAGAAACUGCAAAGCUGAAAGUGACAAGGCUGCUCGCGCGGUUGGCGGGGAAAGGAGAAUCAGUUAGCAACACAACCAAUCGGUGAAGGCAAGCCCCACGAUCCAACACAAAAAGAAACCAGCCCAUUUUAAAAAACCUCUGGUAUAUAAUAUAGACGGCUACAUUUUUAAAUCCUGAUCUGGAUGAGGAAAUGAUUUCUGGAGCAUUUUGUGUGUGUCUCAGUUCCUGCGGGUGUUUCAAGGGGAUGUGAACUAACAGGACUGUGAAGUCUGCAUGAGUCCCUGAUAUACCAGCUGAUUUGUUUAUGGAGCUUUGGGCAAGGGCCAGGCCAGCUCCUCCGCCCCCCUGCGGCUUCCCAGGCGAUGGUGCUGCCCCCGGCCCAGGGAGGACCCCCGCUGCCCCACAGAGGCUGACCCAGGAGGAGGAGGAGGAGGAGGCUUGCCCCGCGAGCGCCCGGGCUCAGUACUAUGGCUGUGUACUGCUAUGCGCUCAAUAGCCUGGUGAUGAUGAAUAGCAGCAACGAGGUGAAGAGCGGCGGUAGCCGGAGCCAGACGCCUCCUCCCCGGGGGCAGGUGCUGCAGGUCUCGGAGCUGCACGGCCCCUGCUGCCCGCUGGCCACGCUCAGUCCGGGCGCCGGGAGCCCCAGCUGCCCCCGGAGGAGCUCGGCCUUCCUCUUUCCCCCCGGGGAGCAGCCGCCGCCAGAGGAGCCGGGGAGCGCCGGGGCUCCCGGGGGCAGCAGGCGGCCCAGCAGCCCGAGCUGGCUGGGAAGGGAAGAGCCGUCGCGGCCCCGCCAGCGGGAGCUGCAGAACGUGCAGGUGAACCAGAAAGUGGGGCUCUUCGAGGCGCACAUCCAGGCGAGCAGCUCAGCCACCCUGCACCUCAAGAGCCCGCGGCUGGGCAGGAGAUCGCCGUCCCCCAUCCCGCCCCGCCGCAGCCGGCCCCCCGGCGGAGACCCACGGGAAACGCCCAGGAAGGAGGAGGACAAGGUCCCGACAAGCCCCUUUCCCUGGCCGGAGGCGGAGAGGGGGAUAUGGGGCCGUGUAGCACAGGAUCCAGGAGAGACGGAGAGGGGGCGUGAGCCCCCCCGGGCGCAGGCUUUCGGGGAGACGGAGAGGGGGGGUGGGCACUGUGGAGCGCAGGUUGCCGGGGAGAUGGAAAGGGGGAGCAGCACUCUCGGAGCGCGUUGUACAGAGGAGAUGAAGAGGGGCGGUGGGAUGCCCAGAGGGCUGGGAGCGGAGGAGACGGAAAAGAGGAGCGGAUCCUGCGAACAGGAGGGACCGGAGGAGACUGAGAAGUGGAGCGGGUCCCCCAGGGCGCAGAACUCAGAAAUGAUGGAGAGGGGGAGCAGUGGAGCGCAGAAGUCAGAAGUGAUGGAGAACAGGGAGAGGGUUCACACAGCGCAGAAGUCAGAAGUGAUGGAGAGCAGGGAGAGGGUUCACACAGCGCAGGGCUCGGAAGUGAUGGAGAGCAGGGAGAGGGUUCACACAGCGCAGGGCUCGGAAGUGAUGGCGAGCAGGGAGAGGGUUCACACAGCUCAGGGCUCGGAAGUGAUGGCGAGCAGGGAGAGGGUUCACACAGCGCAGAACUCAGAAGUGAUGGAGAGCAGGGAGCGGGUUCACACAGCGCAGGGCUCGGAAGUGAUGGAGAGGAGGAGCGAGUCCAGUGGAGCGCGGGGCUCAGAGGUGUUGGAGCGAGGAGAGAGGACCCACAGCGCGCAGGGCUCUGGGGUGAUGGAGCGAGGAGAGAGGACCCACAGCGCGCAGGGCUCUGGGGUGAUGGAGCGAGGAGAGGGGACCCACAGCGCGCAGGGCUCAGGGAUCAUGGAGCGGGGCAGGGUAUCCCUAGAAACUCAGGGUUCCGCCUCAACAAAGGAGGGGAGCCAGAACUGCGGAUCGCGGGGCUCGGACUCUUCAGCCGCCCCGGAGCAAGGGAGGGGUGAAGAGCAGCAUUGCCCCACCCGGACUGGCUGCUGGGGGGAGCUCGGGAGUCCGCUGGACUGGGCUGUCUCUAUGGAGGAGCUGUGCCCAGUGCCUGGGAGCUCCUUGGGAGCAGUGGAUCAAGCCUGUGCCCGGCUGCAGCAGGACCACCCUGGAGACGGUCAGCUGCUGGUGACAGCAGCACCCACAGAACAAAAGGGGAAACCCCCCGGGGAGGGCUGCUGCGGGAGCAGUAUCCCCGCUGUCAUCAUUACUGACCUAGGGGGUCAGGAGGAGGAGGCCGGGGAGAGCCCCCGAGUGAACAUGCCCAUCAGGAAGCUGUCUUCCUCUUCGGCUUCUUCCACUGGCUUCUCCUCAUCCUGGGAAGAGUCUGAGGAGGACAUCUCCAGCGACCCCGAGCGCACCUUGGAUCAAGCCCAGCCCUUUCUGCAGACCCUGGACCAGCACAAACCCAGAGUGAGCAAGUCAUGGCGGAAGAUCAAAAAUAUGGUGCAGUGGUCUCCCUUUGUUAUGUCCUUCAAGAAAAAGUAUCCUUGGAUUCAACUAGCAGGGCAUGCAGGUAGCUUCAAGGCUGCAGCCAAUGGCAGGAUACUCAAGAAGCACUGUGAAUCUGAGCAGCGCUGCUUGGACCGCUUGAUGAACGACGUCCUUAAGCCCUUUGUUCCUGCCUACCAUGGGGAUGUGGUGAAGGAUGGGGAGCGGUACAAUCAGAUGGAAGACCUGCUGGCUGAAUUUGACUCCCCCUGCGUUAUGGACUGCAAGAUGGGAGUCAGAACGUAUUUGGAGGAAGAGCUAACAAAGGCCAGAAAGAAGCCAAGCCUGCGGAAGGACAUGUAUCAGAAGAUGAUUGAAGUAGAUCCCAGUGCCCCGACCGAGGAGGAGAAUGACCUACAUGCAGUAACCAAGCCCCGAUACAUGCAGUGGAGGGAGACCAUUAGUUCUACAGCAACCCUGGGAUUCAGAAUUGAGGGGAUAAAGAAAGAAGAUGGCACAGUGAACCGGGAUUUCAAGAAGACAAGAACAAAGGACCAGGUCACAGAGGCCUUCAGAGAAUUCACUAAAGGAAACCGUAACAUUUUGAAUGGUUACCUUAAUCGGUUGAAGGGGAUCCGUGACACCCUGGAAACAUCAUCGUUCUUUAAAUGCCACGAGGUAAUUGGGAGCUCCCUCCUCUUCAUUCAUGACCAAAAGGAACAGGCCAAAGUCUGGAUGAUCGACUUUGGGAAAACCACACCACUGCCAGAGGGACAAUUCCUCCAGCACAACGUGCCGUGGGUGGAAGGGAACAGAGAGGACGGCUACCUCUGGGGGCUGGACAACCUCAUUGAGAUCCUAAUGGAAUUGUCACAGAGCGAGGACCUGCAUUAAAGCCAUAUGUCCAACUCCACCACUACCCUGCAUCCUGUCCCUCAAACUGACUCUUCUGAACUGCACUACAAGACACUUUCCAAACCCCGCCCCCCCGCCCGUGUUAAAGCUAUAACUUCCCUAUUUAAGGUGGUUUUUAGUUUUUGUACAUAUGUAGAUCACCUGCCAGAACAAACGCUGAACUUGAAGCCUUGGCUUUGCUCAGUAGAUGGGAGCAGAUCGUGUCGCUCGUCGCAGGCGCCUGAGCAGCGAGCAGCUGUGGUCUGGAUGGCAAGGCGAACGCAUGCUCUUUCCAUAGCAUUUCUGGCUCUUAGGCAAUCUCUUUUGAACAAGAACUUACGUAGUGAGCAGUUGUGCAGCUGACGUGCCCUCCAGUUGAACGAAGAUGGUGUCCGAACCCUGAGUUCUGUUGCUCCUGAACUGUGUAAUUAAAGCCCUUCCCGCUAAGUGAAUGACAGAAUUUAUUCAGCUGUAAGGAUCAUCUGUCCUCUAGUGGCUGGUGUUGGUAACACACCAUCCUCAAAGCAGUCAAGGCUUCAUAGCUUUUAGGUUGCCAUUUUAAGUGUUUUAGGGUUUAUGGAAUAAGAAAGACACAGAUUCUGGAGAAGGUGAAGGCAGGGAUACCAGAUUGGGAGCGGUUUAGUUACAUUUAAUAACAUCCUUCGUCCUAGGAAGCUAGAGGUUUGGAAUCCUUAGGAGAUCUAGGUUUCUCUCUCUUCGAGCAACCUUGUUAUCCACUUGUGAUUGUUCCGUUAUUUUCGAGUGGCCAUAGAAUUGCGAAGUCUGUUCUUGUCAAUAACCAAGUGUGGUGUGACUAUGGCUCUUACUAACCUAUUUGGUGCUGGAUGAUGAGCUUCCCUCUAACCACUGAGGUGGGCUGGCGUUGUCAGCUGUAGAUGUUUACCAUGGGCCUGUCUUCAAAUUGAAAUCGCCUUUGAGCAAUUUAGCAGUAGGGCAGUGUGCUGGCAGGUGAAGAUCUGAGGCUGAUGCUCAGACCUCCUAGGCCAGCACUGACUGGGAAUACUAUGGAACCAAUAGUCUGAACCAAGACAACAAGGAAGAGAUUUCUUUUCUGUCUCCAGCGAUCCUGCUCCCAUUAUAGGAGCAACUUCCAGCCCUCCUAAGCUGGGAUGGUGGCCUACCAUGUGGCUUGAAGCCUAAGAUGAGGCUGAAGGAGAGUGAAAGUGGCUAUAGGGACCAUUGUGAAACUUUAAAAAGGCUUCAGUGUUGGUAGAUAUCUCCUAGCAAUAAUCAAGUAAGCUGUCCUCUGCGCUGUGUAAGGCUAAUACUGCCAAGUGUGCAAAAGGGGAUGGGAACCCCUGGUAAAUCUGGAUCAGAAGGGAGUUCACAAGAGGAGCGGUCUCCAUUAUUUUUCAAUGCCUUUGAGCGUCUUUUGUAGUAUCCUUGUUACAAGCCGUUACGAUUGGCAAAUGCCAGGCAUACUUAUGGGUUCUUGUAGAACCAGUCCUGGCUACAUCUCAAACAGAAUUGCAUUAACUGAUCUAAAAGGGUUCUUUCAUAUGUGCAAACAACCUACCCCUAGUGGUGUGCGCUUGAGAGCUCUCAUAUCUACAGGGGUAUAUGGAGGGGGUUAGGGCGGGAGGCAGCUCUCAAGGUUAUCACCUCAGUUUUACUGGAUAAGACACAGGGAUUUAAGGCAACCCCCCCCCCCACACACACACACACCCCUUCCUUGUUACCAUGUAGCUCACUAAAUCCAGCUCUGGUUUUCACAAAUUAGUUCCCUAAUCUGCUCUGCCUAAAUUGGAUGUAGACAUGGCCUUUCUGCUUCAAGGCUUGUGAAAACAACCAGUUCUCUAUUUAGGGUGGAGGCUAAUUUUUAACUUCCUGGAACAUUUGAACUAAGCAGCACGCUUGCAGCAGAGCUAGCUUGCUAAAGGUCAGCUAUUGACGUGGGAGGGGAAGGCCGUUGGUGCCUCUUGCUCUUCCUGGAGAGCUUGGAGUUCUCCAGAACUUAGGUCAUAAGGACAGUAUUGAGCUUGGGUCAUGAACAAUCCUGCAGCUUUUUCUCCAUGAAUAAUACCAGCUAGCUAGGAGUCUGGCAGAAGUUAUGAACCUUUCUCUCCCCCUCACCCCCCAACUCUGAAAGACCAUUGUCUCAUCUCUUUCCCCGGUAGCGAUGCUAUCAGCCCGCUCUGCAAUAGUUAGAUGGGUGCAACUUUCCUGCGUCAGGAAGGUACCCUCACUGCGGCACUAGGUGUGUGUGUGUGUGCCGGGGGGGCGCGACUCGGCCAUCCGUUGUUCCCCAGCCAUGCACAAGUCUCUCUCAUGGAGAUUAAAAUCUCGUCAGACUUUCUCAGUUCAUAUCUCACCAGGCACAGGUCUGUAGUUCUGAGCAUACAGUUGUAAAUGGUUGCACUGUUCAGCUUUUUGCCCAGGUUUCCUAUGCUGCUUAGAGUAGCCCCUGUGGAAGUGCCUUACGAACUUGCCCCUAUUCCAUUAGUGUCAUGGAAAAGGUUUUUAAGUUAUAUUUAUUUUCAUUCCUUUUUAAUUGCACAAAACACUACGACUUAAUGCAUGGAAUCUUUUUUUUAAAAAAUAACCCUGUAUUUUUAGUUUUUAAAAUGUCCUUUUCCAGCUUUGAGGAAAGGGCUUUGAGCAGCAGACUAGAUAUGUACCAGUUUUAGCUGUAGUUUAGCUUUGCAUUGCUCCUGUAUAUGUAUAUUAUUUUAAAGUCUGUUUUGUAAACCUGAUUCCUUGCUUUGUGGCUUCGAAAGAAGCGGAUUGUUUCCCCGGAUGUCUUAUGCCUUCCUGGAGGCUGGAACUGUUGCUGUGAGGUAUUCCUCCCCCCCUCCCCUCAGUCACUGGGUGAUGCAGAGUAAAUCUGAACUGUACUGAAACACCAACGCACAGUGCCUGUAAAGAGCCUAUAACUUCCAAAUAAAGGCAUAUGAAAACCA